AUGGAGUAUCACCACACCUCAGAGAUGAACGGUGUAGUUGCAGAUUACCAUAGCAUGUGCAACGAGCCUGAACGCAACGGUUUGUGCAGAGAAGAGAAGCACUCCGAGGACGCUGCAGAUUCAAACAACCUGUGUCACAUUGAGAAAGCUUACAGCACCAUACUGAGUGAGCUUGGAGAGGACGUGGACCGGGAGGGACUUUUACGUACACCACUACGAGCAGCCAAAGCCAUGCAGUUCCUCACCAAAGGCUACAAAGAAACGACCCAAGAUAUCUUGAACGACGCAAUCUUUGAUGAAAACCAUGAAGAGAUGGUGAUUGUCAAAGACAUCGAUUUGUUCUCUCUCUGUGAACAUCACCUGGUGCCCUUCUAUGGCAAGGCUCACAUAGCAUAUCUACCAAACAAGAAAGUGGUUGGUCUCAGCAAACUCGCAAGAAUUGUUGAGAUCUACAGCAGGAGGCUUCAAGUUCAGGAGCGUCUAACCAAACAGAUCGCUUCCGCCAUCUCUGAGGCGCUGGAGCCUGCUGGAGUGGCAGUGGUGAUUGAGGCUGCCCACUUGUGCAUGGUGAUGAGAGGUGUGCAGAAGAUGAACGCCAGCACUGUUACAAGUGUCAUGCUGGGAAGAUUUCAUGACGAUCCCGAAGUCAGGAAGGAGUUUCUGGCUCUUACAAUGAAGAAGUAAAACGUUUUUACCUCAGCACACAGUUAAACAGCUGGAAAUUGUACAGCGUCUCUGUUAGUUUUAUUUUCAGUGAACCUCUGCAGUCGGUGGAGUUCUUACUUGAACUAAUAUCUUUAGUGUUUAUGUUGAACCUCGUGAGGCAGUUGGAAUAUCCAAUAUCAGGAAUAUCGCAACAUAAACCUCUGGAAUGU